AUGGCAGAGUUUGAGAAAUUCUCCGAGCUUCCUAGAGAGCUCCGAGACCAGAUUUGGAGCAUGGCUGUCCGCGAUGAUCGCCCAGGAGUACAUGUUUUCGGACAGUACGACGAAACAAAACGAUAUAAAAGAGGGAGCCGCUUUCUAAGAUCCGAUGAUGUGGUAAGCGGGACAUGGGCUGCCCCUUCAUGGCGCCGAUACUUUGAGAACUUGAACAAGGGCCUUGGCGACGAGAACAUUUCAACAUACUUGAUCGAUGGCGGUCUAUGGACAGAUUUUGUUGAAGACACUUACCCAAGACACGAUAGAACAAAAGAAGUCUUCAAAAAGGCCACAACAGGAUGCUUCGACGGUACGCCUCUUGACCUGAUGACUGUCUUUCCCCACCGGGACCUUUUUGUCCUUCAGUUUAAUGACUUGCAAAAAGUCGAUUGGUGCUUCCUGGGAUUUGAGGCUUCAAUGGCGACUUCUGCAGAGGGCUUUAGUGUGGUGAGGUAUGUCGCAUUAGAGUACAACCCAAAGUGGUCGGCUGAGCUGAUACAUGACCUGGGUGAUGACAUUUGGGCAAUCGUGGAGGGUGCAUUUGAGAUGUGGCCCCAUGUCUGGAAACUUUGGUUUAUUGACCACUCCCUGAAAAGAAAGAAAGACGCUCCAGUUUUCAAAGAAAAGGCAGACAAUGGAUAUGAGAUAAACGCCUUUUAUGCCAGCGACAGGAGGCUCUUGGAGGUAGAUUGGCAUAACUGGCGCGACCUAGAAAAGGAAUGGGAAUACAUCAAACCGAUGGAGGACAAGUCGGAUAAUGGCUUUAGUUCUUCGCCGGAUUUCCUUUGGGGCUUGGACUUGGAACUCAGAGACAAAGCAUUACCAGAUUCUGGUCAUUUUCGCGAGCCUUACUGUCAUAUUGGGAUUCUAGGAUGGGACGAGUUAUAA